GACACCGGCGCGGCCGACGUAUACGCGUUAUUAGUAUACAUCUCUAUGCCUAGCCUAUGGACGUGACUUCGAUAGGUCUUUAACUCAUGCGCAACAUUCCGCGACGAAGUUACAACACGUGUUGAAAGUGAACUAAAUGAGGGCUUGUUUUAUGACUUUACCAUCGACAUUGAUUCAGUCAGCAUUGAAUGAGAGUAUUCUUUGGAUUUCAAGCCGAUUGGAAAGUCUCAAUAACGCAGUUGAUGUAGUUUAGAUAAUGACGUCAAAGAAAACUCCUCGGAAAAGCAAGCGGGACAGUUGGACAUCCAUGACAGCGGAGCAUGUCUUUGCAGAAUAUGAAAAGGGGAAUACUGUGCCGUACAAAAAUGUCUUGGACAAGCUUCCCGACCCAAAUACAGGCGUUGAUGAGUUAACUCACUUAUUGUGCCAGCUACAAGGAUGUGUGUCCAAACUAGCAAGUGAACAUGAGGCUUUAGUGAGGGCAAUACUGCGUGUUGAUUGGGUGCAGCGUGAUGCCGGUGUCAAAGGUCAUUACCAAGCCUUGUUGAUCAACCUGGUGUCCGCUCAGCCCAUCUACCUGACUAGGGUUCUGACGACCCUCGUACGUCACUUCAGUCCCCAGAAUCCUGCACUGCCGUCGGUCCAAGGUGCAGAGGUAGACCCUGAUCAUCAUAAGGUUCAAGAAGAGAAGUUCAGGAUGGUGCACUCCACCCUCCAAGAAAUCCAGAGGGUUGUCCCUUUACUUCCCAAGUAUCUUCUUUCUGUGUUGGGUGACAAUAUGCCUCAUGCUAGGCAAACUUGCUACAUUCAGGAGUGGUACAUUAGAAACCUUCUUGAAAUCAGUCGGUACCUACCAGAGCUGUGUCAGGGUAUCAUGGAGAUCAUCAUACACAGAUUGCUGGAACUAGAUGUGAGUCUACCAAAAGAUGAGGUCUGGGAAACUGAAGAUACGGAAGGAACGGACACCCCUCAGUUUCCUAUGGAUGGACUAGAUGAUGAGAAAGUAGAAUCGAGCAAGGAUGACGAGGAGGAUAAACAGAAAUUGUCUGAGAAAGCAAUCAAAAUUGAUACUUUGAUGGGCGUCCUCAUGGUCUAUCUCAAAGCAUCAUGCUUCAAAAAUGGUGAAUUUCUGUUUGAAGAUACCAAAGUGUUGCAUCGCUACCUGCUUCAGGUCUUUGAGAGGGUGAUCCUGCCCACCCAUGCGUCCAGUCAUGUGCAGUUUCUUUUCUUCUACUUCUGCAGUUUCAGACAGGGUUUAGUAGACAGCUUCAUAGAUGCUUUGUGGAGAAAGUUCAUUAACCCCAACACCCCAGCGGUGGUGAGGCAGACAACAGCAUCAUACGUGGCUUCCUUCGUCGCAAGGGCUAACUACCUUCCCCAAAGCACUGUGACUGCCUGUCUUGACCUCAUGGUCAGCUGGAUACACUGUUACAUCGACAACCAAGAGGGCGCUUCACGAUUCAGCCAAGAAAUCAAGGUUCACGGUCCUUUCUACUCACUCUGUCAGGCUGUUCUCUAUAUCUUUGUUUAUCGUCACAAGCAACUGUUAGAGAAUAACAAAGGUCUGCACUAUGUCAUGAGCCUCAACUUAGAACGGGUUGUCACCUGUCGUCUGAACCCUCUCAAGGUUUGCCUGCCCUCUGUUGUCAACAUUUUUGCAACUCUUGCACGUAAAUUCCAAGUUGCCUUUUGUUACACCGUGAUGGAGCAUAAUGCCCGCUCCAAGCUGCCUAUCUUCAAGCUGAACACGUUUGGUUCCGGGGCCAUGGCCGCACCUGGAAACCCUCUCGAUUCCUUCUUUCCUUUUGAUCCAUACGUUCUCCCAGAAUCUGGUGUUGAAAUUGAAAAACUGUACAGGCACUGGGAAGGAUGCAAACCUGACUUUUCAGGCAUUGAUCAAACUGCAGAUGAUUCUGAAGACGAGGAUGAGUUCAUGCAGUAUGAAUCGAUUGACAAAGAUAUACCCCUUGGUCUUACUCCUACCAGCGUAGCGUGCAUCUCACCUGGGUUUAGAACGCCCUCUUCGUUAGGAAGAUGAAACCACAGAUUUACUCUUACCGGUAGAACGUGCAUCUCACCAGGGUUUAGAAUGCCCUUUUCAUGCUGAAGAUGAAUCUAAAGAUGUACCCCUUGGUUUUGCUCCUACUGGUAUCGCCUGCAUCUCACUAGAGGGUUUAGAACGCCCUCUUCGUUAGGAAGAUGAAACCAAAGAUUUACUCCUACUGGUAGAGCGUGCAUCUCACCAGGGUUUAGAACGCCCUCUUCAUGCUGAAGAUGAAUCUAAAGAUGUACCCCUUGGUUUUACUCCUACUGGUAUCGCCUGCAUCUCACUAGGGCUUAGAAUGCCCUUUUUCGUUCAGAAGAUGAAACCAAAGAUUUACUCCUACCGGUAGAGCAUGCAUCUCAUCAAGGUUCGGAAUGCCCUCUUCAUAUACGCUUUGGUUGCACUCUUAUCGGAAUAUCCUGCAUCUCACCAAAGUUUAGAAUGCCCUCUUCAUGCAGAAGAUGAUUUUAGUGGGAUGUUUUCCCCCUAAAAAGUCUUUGGGAAACCCUCUAUUGCUUUGGUCACUUCCCUCAUGCAUUGCUGAAGUAUUUGAACUUCAGAUUUUCAAUUGGAAGAUUAUAUCAGAAGAACAUUACAUAUUUAAAAAUUGCCUUGAAAUGUUUCUUGAAUGUUGGCCCGAGUCACAUCAGAUUUUUUUUUUUGUAUUCUGAUGGUGUCUUACCGGCCAAGAACCAGUAUUAGUAGGUGGAUGUGUAAAAUUUGAACACAAAAAAUGUUUUAAAUGUCUGUUCUGAACAUUCAAGAUUUUUAUUCUAUAUUAUGUGAAUGGUAUUGAACAAAAUUGAUUUCCCAGGGUUCCCAGCCCAUCAGGGAAAUCAUGAAAAAUUAUUUUACUUUUUUCUAGUCAGGGAAAAAAAUCAGGAAAUUUGAUAGAAAAUACCUCAAAUCAGGGGAAAAUGUCUCAAAUGAGGGUAAAGUCAGGGAAUUUUGUUGAUCCCAAAAGUUGAAAGCACGGCAGUCAGUCAGACUCUGUUAUAUUUUGUUGCAUAUCAAAACAACAUCAAUUGAACGACUGGUUAUGGUGGUACUAAUUAGUUUUACAUUAUUGUUUUUAUACUGAAAAUACAUCUAAUUCACUGUAACAACUUAGAAAGCAUGCAAAACUGGGAAUGGGUUGAAAUAAUUAUCAGGGAAUUCUUAAACUUCACCAGGGAUAAAUCAGGGAAUUUUGUUUUCUUGAAAAGCUGGGAACCCUGUUUCCGAACCAUAUUUUAUUAAAGGAGUAUGAAUGUAUAGUUAGCAUUCAGAUCAUUAAGGGGCCAUUCAACAGAGAGCAAGACCGCUGAAAGACCUUUCAAAGACCAUGAAUUUUGGUCGAUCUUACAGAGGUCUCUCAAUGAACCUACAAUGGUCUUUGAGGUCUUACACGAGUCCUGACCAAUCUUUCAGCGGUCUUCAUGGUCUUCAUGGGCUCCAAAACUUUUUGAAACGGUUCAAAACAGUCUUACAACGGUCUUACAAGAAAAUUUUCUUUCAGUGGUCUUUCAGCGGUCUUUCAGCAGUCUUUCGAUGAACUUUCAAAGGUCUUCAUAGUCUUUCAAUGAUCUUUCGGCAGUCUCUCAAGAUUUUUGCGGAGAUCACUGUAAGACUCAUGAGAGAUCAUUGAAAGACCAGGCAAAGUCCAUGGAAAGAAUUCUGAAAGAUCACUUGUUGCAUAAAAGAUCUCUGAAAGACCAUUGAAAGAUCUAUAUAGGACUAGUCUAAGACCAGUAAGACAAGAAAUAUCCAUCAGUCUUUCAGAGUUCUUUGAGGGGUCUUUCUGAGCCAUUCCACAGAGAUGACAAAUUUCAGUGAUCUUGAAGACCGCUGUAAGACCUUGCCAAUUUUAAGUCUUUCAGAGGUCUUUCAACGUUCUGUGGAAUGGGGGCCUUAAGAGGUUUCAACUAUACCAUGGUACAAAACCAUGGACUAAGCAGACUCAUGUAUAUAAUUACGCUUAUUUCAUCGCUUACACUAAGAAAGGUCCAAUUACAAAAGCUUGCUUUUUGGCAGUGGGUACAGUAUUGAAGCAUGAUAAUACAUGAGAUCUGCAUAAACCAUGGUUUGGUACCAGAUGGUUAGGAUAUAAUUAGAUCAUCCUCAUCUAGCAACAAUACAUACGACUAUGUCAACGAUUCAAAAAUCAAUAAUGUAGUAUAUUGAAUCCUUGUUGAGCCUUUUUUUUGUUGCUGUUUCAUCUCAUUUCGAAGGAACAUAUGUUUACUAUGUGCAAUAUUUUUUCAUGAUGACACUUGAUGAGUGUGAUAUCAAAACAAAAGAAUUAUGUUUGAAAUGAUACUUACACUUUGUGUACUGUUCUCUCCAUUGUGGGUAUAUUUGUUUAUGAAUAAGAUGCAUAUAUUUUAGUCAAAAUGAGAAUAUUGUUGUACAGACAAAAAAAACUAUUACUUUACAGGUGUAUAAAAUGCUGUAUGUCAGUCAUGAACAAAUGCGUGCAGAUUUUCUUAAAAUUGAUCAAAAGGCCCUUUUGAUUGUUGCAUGAUAAGAUAUUUCGAAACAAUAGAGGAACUAAUCCUUGGAUCUUGAAAAACUGAUGUAUAUUUAGCCUUCACAGACCAAAAGAAAUUGUUUAAUUAUUUUUUUCCCAAAUUCUGCCAAUCUUGAUACAAGCAUAGUCUUUGGGUUUGUUGCAAGAAAAUAUUUGCAAUCAAUUGCAAAUAUUUUCUUGCUAAUUUGCAAUAGAUAGAUCAAUUUUAACUAUGGCAUAUGAUAAGCUCCUUGUUACAAGAUACAGAGCAGCAAUACUUCAAGACCUAGUAUAGACUUGCAAUUAGUCAAAAGCUUCUUGCAUUGCAUCAUAUGAAAUUAUCAAUACAUUGUUGGGUUCAUUAUAUAUUAUGUUUGUCUAUUUUUAGUUUUUUAUCUGUUCAAUUAUGGACAUAUCCAAAUUCUUAGUCACAAUCUGAAUUGUUAUACAUUUUAUACCAUUCAAGUUAGAUUGGAAUUCCUAUGAAUUUGUUUUAAUUGUAAUCUGAUGUUUUUAUAGUCAUUUAUCAGCAGAAUUAAUUAGCUCAAUCACAAGUCAUUUGACCUAAUUACAAACAUGGCAGGGAUAGUCUGGAAGCAUUAUUUCCAUUUGAUGUACUUUAUGAUGCUGAAAAUCUAUGAUGCACAUCGCAAAUACUUCAUACCUUCUGUGAAGAAAAAAAAUAUUUUAUAUCUUCAGAACAGUAUACUGCUCUUCACUUUUAUUUAAUAUUCAACUUUAAUUGGAUGAAACAUUUAACAUUGGUGACAAAUAUUUGAUUCAGACAUUUGCUGCAUUGUCAUAGUCCUGUAUCAGCAAUUUAUUGAUAUUGCAAUGUCAUAAGAUGUGUACAUUGCCACAUUAUGGAGAUAAUAAAAUGGAAUGGAGGUAAUAAAACUGGACAAAAAUAGACUAAGAUU